AUGGUCGUCGAGCAAAUAAUACCCGCUCUUUCAAAGAUUUCCAGCAAGGAGCCAGGUGUUCUUAUGUCAGUGUUAGGCAUUUUUCUUCUCGCAUACCAAAAUCCGAAGUUUUGUUUGACUAAAGAAGUUUGCGCAAAGUAUUGUUUGCCGUUCCUUAUUUCUGCCAGCGUGGAACAUUCACUGAACCUGAAGCAGUUUGACGCAUUUUUCUCGCUGAUCAUGCAGAUGUUAAAGAAAAUUGAGACCGAACAAAGGAGACAUCUCACACCAGAAAAUGAGUUCAAAAUCAUUGCCAACUCACCCAUCACAAGCGAGUCGACGCCGCUAAACGCGAUGAGCAUUAAACCGAUGACCAACUCGGCUGAAGUUCUCUCGUCUAGCCGGUCGGGUACACAGCUAAGUCUUGAAGACAAGAAACGGCUGGCACAGGAGCAGGAGAAGACGAUGCAGCUGCGUGCGCAGCCGAUGCUCAUGCCGGAAACCGUCCCUGCCCCAGUGCGCGGUGUCGGAUACGGUUUAAACGCCGCAACUUCCGACUCGUCGUCCGUUGCUCAGCGUUUCACCGUAGGACCGCCUUAUCUGGCACCUUUCGUUCACAUACCUCCGCCGGUCAGUCAGAUUCGCAAUCCAGUAUGUUUCCCGCCUGCGUCGAACUAUGUUAGGCUUGCCGUCAGUGCCAAUAACAUUUCGACUGACCCUGCCAUUACUACGUUUCCUUCCGUAGUGGACUCUGUAAACUGGAAUCAGUCGAUCGAUUCGGAAUCAGCUCCCCGUAAAUGUACGCCGUUAAUCGACCCUUUUAAGGAUUUGGUCAAGUUCUGA